AUGGAAGCUGCCUGGAUUUCAAAGAACUACAUUGACGAUCUGUACCUACAAUGCACGUACACUUGCAUCCGAGUCCUCGAUAGAAGACUUGCUCAUGCAAGCAAGAAGGGUAACGACGUCAACGGCCUGGCCGAGACGAGAAGACGCCAGCCUUUCAAAGCCAUCUGUGACACCGAAAAACAACUGUUCCUCGGAGCAUGUGACGGUAGAGGAGUUGGCGGCGUCGGCGUUCUCGUCAACACGACUUUGAUAAUCUUCGUCGUUUACGCGCCGACAUCAAACUAUGACGAAGAGGAAGUCGAAGCGUCCUCUAUGGACUUGGAGAAGGUCAACAGUGAAGACCACACAUUCUUCAAGGGCAUCAUUGGAGAUUUCAACGCCAAGACUGGACCAAGAAGAAUGUUUGAAAAGGUGACAUUGGGACCCACGGAUUAG